CACCAGUCCUACCCACCUACUCACGGGAUCAACCGUAGACGAGCUCUCCUCUCCGCCCCCAUUCCGAAGGACUUGCCUUUUUAGGGAGACGAGGUCUAGCCAUGCCCCCGAAACAGUCCGCCCCCCGCGGCCGAGGUACAUCCUCAGCACCCAGCGGUAGAGGCAGGCCUUCGAAGGCGGCAGCAGGGUCAGCAGGAGGAGGAGGAGCGGCGUCCAAGGCUCGAGGGUCCGGGCGCAACAAGCCUUCACCGCGGCCGGGCGCGAGCGACGCCGACCCGUUUGCAGAGGAGGACGAGGACGAUAGGAUGGAGAUCGACGGGCGACGACGCGGCAGGGAUGAUAGCCAAGAGGAAGGGGGCAGGGAGAGGGGAGAGGAGGAAGACGAGGAGGAGGAGGAGACGCGCAAGACGAUCCCGCCGGAGCUGCUGACGCGGGUGCUGCACGAGUUCUUCGAGCGCGACGGGACGCGGGUGUCGCGGGACGCGAACGCAGCGGUGGCUAAGUACGUCGACAUCUUCGUGCGGGAGGCGAUCGCGCGGACGGUGGUGGAGAAGGAGAGAGGGUUCUUAGAGGUCGAGGAUCUCGAGAAGGUGGCGCCGCAGCUGCUGCUCGAUCUAUGAUCCGUUGACGAGGGGAGGUACCGGCUGGAUCGUGGUUCUAGUCGGUAUCGGGAAGCCCGCGAGAGGCCCGAGACUCGAUCUCCACCUACAUUGUCGUCGUCGUCGGU